GAUGAAGAAGAUAUCCCAGGGAUGGAUCUGCGUAAUACUUGGUCAAUUGGCCAAGAUUUAUAUGUGGGGUUGGAGUUUGAGAAUAAAGAUGCGGUUAAAAAUGCAGUAAAGCAAAAUGCAAUGAGAAUGCAUCAAAGUUUUUAUGUGGUUGAGUCGAAAAAGACUAAGUGGGUUGUUAGAUGUCCAAAUGCACAUGAUGGAUGUGGAUGGUACAUGAGAGCCAUUGAGUCAAAGAGAUCUGAUAAGUGGAAAGUGACUCAGUGGGGUGGACGUCAUACGUGUUUGAACAUGUCUUUGUCCCAAGAUCAUGCUAAGUUAGAUUCUGAGUUAAUUGCAACAUUCAUACAAGGAAUGGUUAACCAAGAUCCAUCAAUCAAGAUUAGCCUUAUCCAAGAGAGAAUAACAUCUCAAACUGGGUUUAAAAUAUCUUAUAGAAAGGCUUGGAUGGCGAAACAAAAAGCAAUUGUUAACAUUUUUGGAGAUUGGGAAGAAUCGUAUGCUUAUUUACCUCGAUGGCUCCAAUACAUGAAAGAAAUUGCUCCAGGGUCAUUUUAUGAUCUGUGUCAUGAUGAGUUUUUUGUUGUUGAUGGAACUCAUCUAUAUGGCAAGUAUCUUGGUACAUUGCUGAUUGCUACAACACAAGAUGGUAAUAACAACGUUCUUCCUCUUGCAUUUGCUGUGGUUGAAGGAGAAACAUUACUUGUGUGGUCGUGGUUCUUAUCUCAUUUGCGGUUACAUGUUACAAACAAAGAAGGGAUAUCUUUAAUAUUUGACCGACAUCGUAGCAUUAAAUCGGCCAUUGACAAUGAGGCAAUUGGUUGGAGACCGCCAUAUGCAUAUCACAAGUACUGCAUUAGGCACAUUGCAAGGUAUAUACCGUGUAAGCACAUUUUUGAACGCAAUUUGCAAAAGUUUUGUGAAUCUAGCCCUGAUGUUGAAAGGUGGAUAGGAGCGAUUUCAAAAGACAAAUGGAGCAUGGCAUAUGAUGCAGAUGGUCGAAGAUAUGGUCAUAUGACAACAAAUUUAUCUGAAUGUGUUAACAAGAUUUUAAAGGAUUGUAGAAAUCUCCCUAUCACUGCACAAGUUCGGUCAACUUAUACCAGGUGCGCUGAGUAUUUUAGUAAUCGUGGUAGUCGUGCUUUAGCCGAUGUUUCAUCUGGGAAAGUCUUCGUUUCAAAGUUGGUUGAAGCUUUGCAAAAAAAUCAAGAAGAGGCUUGUUCCCACCAAGUUUGUAGUCCUUUGAGGAUUUCUUCGAACACGUAA